CAACAUGAAGUCUGCUCUUCCCCUCUAAACACAUCUUGCCUUUGCCGUGCAGAAGCUGAAGAUUUGUAAUUUUGUAGAGUCAGUUGUCUGAUUAAACUUGCACUGAUGUCUCACAUCGACAUCGUGUGUGCAUAAGCUCAAAGACUGAUAAAUGUUUCAUUUUGUUCGCGAAUCUAACCUUUGUCUUCAAGCCCUCGAGAUCUCAGGUUUCGCCCACAGCGUCUAAGAUUCACAUUAUCAUUGUAUCUUGAAGUGAAAAUGGACUCCAACACAAGCGAAGAAACCCAACCAAAUACUAGUGCGCCUGGUAAGGAAACUAACUCUGGCAUUGAAGAUGAUCUUCAAAAUCUCUCUGUCGGCACUGCUGAAGAAAAUGUGGAAAACAGUGACGUAGAUGAAGAUUCAAAAAAAGAUGAGUCCAUCGAUUGGGAUGAUAUUAUAGAUGAAGUAGCAUUGAAAGAUAAAGAGAUUUCUCUAACUGACGAGGAGAGGAAGCGCUGCAAAGUCGAAGCAGAAGAAAUAAAAGAAAGGGGUAAUGAACAGUUUCGUUUAGGAGAUUUCAGGGAGUCUGCUAUCUCUUACACCCUAGCUCUUAGGACGUGUCCUAUUUCUUAUCCCAAUGACAGAUCCAAGUUGUUUUCAAAUAGAGCAGCCUCUAAAAUGAAGUUGGGAUUGUCAAAAUCUGCCAUAGAGGAUUGUAGUCAAGCGCUGGAACUUUCACCUACCUUUAUUCGUGCUCUUUGGCGUCGUGCUCAGCUAUAUGAAUCAACUGAUAAAUUAGAUGAGGCUCUUGAGGACUGCAAAAAAAUCUUGGAAAUUGAUCCUAGUCAUAGAGAAGCUAAUAUCGCUGCGAGGAGACUUCCUGACCUCAUAAAUGAACGAAAUGAGAAAUUGAAAACUGAAAUGAUGUCUAAACUGAAGGAUUUGGGUAAUCUUUUCCUGCGGCCAUUCGGACUUUCAACAGACAACUUUCAAGUUAAUCAGGACUCUGGCUCAGGUGGAUAUUCAAUAAAUUUCAAGCAAUCUUAUUUGUCUUGUGUCAUUGAGAACUUCUCAGAGUCCAAAAUUCUGCUUCUAAACCCUAUUCAUCUAUAAUUAAUAAGUCUUUGAAAACUUCCAAGACAAAUGAAGUUCUCAAACUGAUGGAUGGUUAAUUCAAUGUCAUAUGGGUGGGUUGUAGUUGCUUUCUGUGCAAUAUUUCUACACCACCCAAUAAAUCAUGUGCAUUUGUGGAUCCGCCCACAUGGAAAACAUUCACAGAUAGACAAAUUAAGGGAUACAAGGUUGUGGAACAUGGUUUUUACUUAUUUCUCAACAAAGUAGUGAUGAAGUUACUUGUAAGACAUAGAUAUGUGCUUGAUGUUCAGCAUCAUGAAAUUCUACUUAUUUAAAAGGGCCUCAGGCAACAAAAUCUGUUCAAUUCACAAAACAUAAUACUGUGGUUUUCAUGGAGCAAAAAAAAUAUAGAAAAUAUAAAUUCAGAUUGCUUUGAGGACUAUGCAAACAUGCAAAAUUGUAACAAAUUCUAUAGCCAACGCAUCAAUACAGGUAGCAUAAUACUGUUACUUAAAUGCAACGAGCAAGGUUGCUGUCAAUCUUAUACCAAGAGAGUGGUGGGUAGAAUAAUGCAAAAAUAAACUUCAUGAUGGGAUGAAAGAAUUAACAUAAAUAUGAAAGGUGACCAACACUGACAGUGAGGCAUGAUAAGAACCGAUCAGAAUGGAUCGGUUAUAAAUGAGUAUUAAACGGUAUUAAACAAAAACAAUAAUUAACAACCUAACAGGUAUUUCAAGUCUAACUACACAGAUUAUUCAGUCUAUCAGGCAUAAGCCAUAAAAGAUCAUAAAUAACACAAAGCACACAUAGCUUCAUUCUCCUAAUUUGAACAAGGCAAAUAAAAUGUGAGAAAAAUCAACACAUAGUUGAAUAAAAAAAAAAAGUAGAAGAG